AUUCUGCCCUCAAGGGGGAAGCUGGGUCGUGGACAAACUGGUUUGUUCAUCCCAGUUUAUUCUUGUCCUUGGAAGCUCUAGGAGCUUCCCAAAGGCCACCUUGUUCUGGGGCUUCUAAUGCCUGAGAAGAGGAAAUGGGAACCCAUCUUCCCCUGUGAAGGUUCCACCCAAAGUGUUGUGUGGCUAUGGAGUAGCUCCUGACAGGCUGGUUCUGUCUUCUACAUCCUGGAACUUGGGCAAGCAGCUGGUAUAGGUGUUUCCUCUGUAGCCAUAUGACUGUAGGACCCUGAGUAACAGCAGUAAAAGCCAUUAGCCAACAGCCGGCCCCUGCAAGCUUUGAACUCUCCAGAGGUGAUUUGUGGGAGGGGCUAGGAGAUGGAAGACGGGGACCCUGUGACCUCCCCAUAUCCCUAAAGAGGUUAUAGCUCUGUGGCCAGCAUUGUGCUAGCUCCUGUUAUUCUAGUACAGAGAUGAAGAAACUGAGGCUGGGGUCCAUUGCUAAGGUCACACAGAGUCAGAGCUAGAUUCAAAAUCUAGCAUCUCAAAACUGCCAUAGUGGUGCACACUUUUAAUCCCAGUACUCAGGAGGCAGAGACAGGUGGAUCUCUGUAAGUUCAAGGCCAGCCUGGUAUACAGAGUUCUUUGACCCCAGGUCAUGCUUGCCUGUCUUUUCCUGACUGCUGGAAAUGCUAUCUGUGAAGUGCUGGCCAGGAAAAGCAAUAGGGCAUGUACCUAGUUGUCCCACCCCACAAGAAUCAAUGUUUUGAGCCAAAAAAAAAAAAAAAAAAAACAGGAGGUAUCACAUGGAGGGGAGGCACUUUCUAGUCACUCUACACUGCUGGGAGUUCUAAGAACCAGACCUAGUUCCUACACUCAGCACUAGGGGGCAGCAGCGAACCAGCAGGCGCAUGACCAGUAUCUGGCAGUGAGAGGAGUAUAGUGAGUACCACUUUAGGAGAAAUGGAACAGUCGUUGGUAUCUGCAAACAAACCUUGCGGUACCUAAAGCUCCACAGUAGGAAGGAUUCCUCUGUGUUCCUAGGUGACUCCCAGGGUCCAGGGUGGGAAUUCAGCAAGUACCCAAUAGCUAGGACAGGCUUUGACUUGGACCUGUGAAGUGACACAGCAAGACUUUCAGGGGUGCCCCUGUUUCUCUUCUACUUUUAAUGCUGAACUGGAGCUCAGGUCACUCGUCCACCACCCAACAAGGUCUAACUGUGCUCCUACAACGGACACAGGAAAUCCAGAGACACAGUUUUCUCCGGGCUGAGCUCUUCCUGUCUUUGGUGUGUCAGGGGGCAGCCUGAUCGACACUGCUCCUCUGCUGACCAGAGGGUUUAGCCUAGUUGCUUAGGGACCAGGCUAGACCCUGUGUCCACCACAGCCAGCGCAGCUGGAGUCCUAUGGAGUUGGGUUUGGUUCUCACCUCUCAGAUGUUAGAUGUUGAUGCCCUGUGAUGGCCUUUCCCUCUUCAGAGUCCACAUUCCCCACUCCUGCUCUCCUGCUGGCUCCUCAGCUGAGGUCCCUGCCUAGCCCUGUGGACAUAUUGAUCCUACACCUUGACAUUUUUUUUUUAACCUGUCCCUACCGCAGCGUUGCUAUAUUUCUUGAGGACUGGCCCCGAGCUGUGCCCUGCCUCCGGCCAUUGAAGUUGCCCUCUGGCCUCUGUCAGUUUUCCCUGAUGGGCUGCCUCAGCUCAGCUCAGUUUGCCUCUUCCCUUAGUGCUAUGCUCCUGCUUCCACCCGUGACAAAGGUCAGUCAGUGUCCGAGUCUGUGUCCUUCUGACCUGCGUGGCUAGGCAAGUCCUAGUUCUGGCUAGCCUGGCUUCCCAGCACCCACACAACCUGAGACCUAGGGUGUUUGGUGAGUGAAACAAGAGACGCAAAGAGUCGGUGAUGAUGAGGCAAAGCCUCGUGAGGCCAACCUCAGUAGAGCUUGGCAGGCCUCUGAGAGAGAUCUCAGCAAGGACCAAUACCAGCAGUCAUCAAGACAGCAUGAGGGCCUCCACUCCAUUGUGGCCCUGCACCUCGGGCCUCCUUGGACUCUAGCCUAUAUGAACCAAGUGGGACUGAGAUGGGGACCGCCUGGGCUCUCCAUGCAGAAGCCCUUCAGGCACAGCUGAAGCAAGUCCCUCCUGAGUCCUAGAGGGCCAGCAGGGUGGGAGGAGGGCUAGGAGCCACAGUGGGUUUGGGCACAGCCUCUCACUGCAAUAUUGAUGGCCCGUCAGUGCAGCCCUGAUUCCUGUGCUUUCAGUUAAAAGGUUUCUGUUGUUGUAGCUUAUGCAGUUGCUCUGUUGCUAUGGAAACAUGACAUCAAAAUGACGUUUCCCGUUUAAAAGCUUUUAACUAAAUUCCUGCCUGUCAGAUGUAGGCCCCAUUUUGAGCGUGGAGCUGCCUCGAGCGAGCGAGCGAGUGAACGAGUGUGCUGCCUCUCGCCCAUGGUGCGCUGGCCAGGCCUGAGGCCCUGCCUGAGUGCCAUCCUUAACCCUGCAGGUGCCUCCAGCAUGGCAGCAGCCGAAGUGCCCGGCUACCUUGUAUCUCCUCAGACAGAGAAGCAUCGGCGGGCCCGCAACUGGACAGACGCAGAGAUGCGUGGCCUCAUGCUGGUCUGGGAGGAGUUCUUCGAUGAGCUCAAGCAGACCAAGCGCAACGCCAAGGUGUAUGAGAAGAUGGCCAGCAAGCUCUUCGAGAUGACUGGGGAGCGACGACUAGGCGAGGAGAUCAAGAUCAAAAUCACCAACAUGACCUUCCAGUACAGGAAAUUAAAAUGCAUGACAGAUAGCGAGUCCGUCCCGCCGGACUGGCCCUAUUACCUAGCCAUUGAUAGGAUUCUGGCCAAGGUCCCUGAGUCCUGUGAGGGCAAACUGCCGGAUGGUCAGCAGCCGGGGCCCUCCACGUCCCAGACCGAGGCGUCCCUGUCGCCGUCUGCUAAGUCCACCCCUCUGUACUUACCGUAUACCCAGCGCUCCUAUGAAGGCCGCUUCGAGGACGAUGGCUCCGACAGCUCCUCCAGCUUACUGUCCCUUAAGUUCAGGUCCGAGGAACGUCCUGUGAAGAAACGCAAGAUGCGGAGCUGUCACCUGCAGAAAAAGAAGCUGCGGCUGCUGGAGGCCAUGCUGGAGGAACAGCGCCGGCUGAGCCGUGCCAUGGAGGAGACAUGUCGAGAGGUGCGCCGUGUGCUGGACCAGCAGAACAUCUUGCAGGUUCAGAGCCUGCAGCUUCAGGAGCGCAUGAUGAGCUUGCUGGAAAAGAUCAUCGCCAAGUCCAAUGUCUAGGCCAUGGAGAGGAUGCCAGGUGCCUCAUAGUCUGUCUAGAGGCCCACCCAGGCUCAGGUCCCCGCCUACCCAGGCAGGGUUCCAGAAAGGAGACAGGCUUCAAUCUGGCCUCUGAGCUUCUCCAAGGGCUUUCCAGGUCCCCAGUGGCCCUGGGAGACCUCAGGACCCCAUCUCCAGCAUUAAUGCCAGAGACUCCUGGGCGACCUCUAGUGAGAAGAUUGCAGAAUCCACUCUCCAGUAUAGUUACUUCCAUGAUACUUGAAACAGCUUUUGAUAUUAAACGUACUUUCCACUGUUGGCUGGAAGCCGACUUUGCUCUCUGGUGUGAACGGGAAAGGGAAGUGCUGGCCGGGACGAAAGCAAAUGCCAUGAGUCAGAGGCAGGUUGUAGGGGUCUUUGCUCCCCAGGGUCUGUUGCCUGUGCCCUAAAGCCCCAGUUAUCACAGUACUAACCCAGCCCAGUCACCCACUGGUCAUCUGUUUGGAGUUCCACGCUAGGUUCCAUGCCGACUCAACCUGCUCAUGCUCUCCAAAGGCCUGGUGAUGCAGGCCCUGGUAGCGGUGACAUGCUGAGUGAGGCACAGGUCCUGCCUUUAUGCAGCUUUAGUUCAGGCAGCAGAGAAAUAGUAGCCAAUGAUGGUGAGCGCUGAAGGGGAAGGUUGGGCUUAUGACAGAUUCAGGUACAGCUAGGGAGAGUACCCACACACAGGGAACAGCUCUUGCAAACACCCAGGGGGACCUGUUGCCAGCAGCCAGGUCACCCAAAGCCAUGCACUCCUGGAAGACGUUUGUGUUUUCUCUAAGCUUGUUGGGAGUAUUUCGGCCUGGCACCUGAGAAGGCAUACAAUGGUCAUCUUGCCACUGUCAUUUUACAAUAUGAAAGACUCUUCCCAGGACCCCCUCAGCUGAAUAUCCAUAGUAUCUUGGCCAGGCCUGGGCUUUUUCAUGGAGACCACAGGGGAAACUGGCAGCAAGCCUGUCUGAUUCACCCUUUGGAACCAGGCGAUUGCAGCCCCAGAGGACCAGAUUCAGUGGAGAUGGGUCAGUUGCUCAGGUGUUUCAGUUUUCCCUGAGACUUAGAGUAUACCUCUGAGGUCAGUGGGGGAUAACAAGGCUUCACCAGGCCACUGCCAAUCAUCCUGAUGGGACAGUGCCAGCUCUGAUAACUCUUCAAUAAUAGUCAGCCAGGCAUGAGAGAGACAGAGAGACAGAGAGAGACAGAGACAGAGAGAGACAGAGACAGAGAGAGGCUGCGUGUCUGUGUCACCAGAUGGUGGGGUGGCCUACUCCAGGCUGCCUGUGGAAGGGCUGCGUGUUCUGUAUAGCUGAGGCAGAGUAGCAGGCACCAUCUACCUUUAUCUGAGCUCUAAGUCCCUCUGCCCCACAUAGGGCUCCCGAGUCCAUGUCCUAUGGACUUUGCAUAUUUCUGCCAACCACAGGCAGUGGGAAACAUUCACAUAGUGGUACAGAUGGAGCACUUGUCCACAUCUGUUGUGUAAAUUAAACAAAGUACCAACUGUCUAUGCAAUGUCCCUGUAUCCCUAGCAUGGAAGAGAUCAGAUAGUUGGUUCGUGGGCACCAGUGCAAUUAACUACAGUGCUCUCCCGGAAAACAGCUGGAUGGUUCCAGAGAGACAGAGAACUCAGGGGCAUACGGUGCUUGAGAGCCAAGUCAGGGAGCCUGGCCUCCUCCUGCCUCCCAGAGUUCAUCUGCAGCCUUAGAUGAUGAGGACCCCACCAUGGACACUCAGUGAUCUGCUGACAUGCACUGCCCAUCCUCAUUUGUGGGUCACUGAGUCUGGACUGCCAUGAAGCUCCUGGGCCUCAAAAAAAGAGGGGGUUCCAUCCUUCCAGAAGAGACAGCCUGAGAGGCUGCUGGAGGGGAGCACGACCACCUGUGUCUGGGAGCUCCACAGGAGGGGACAGAAUGAGGGUCAGUGUCUUCAUGUUUAGACACCCCCACCGCCCCCCACCCCACCCCCGUGUUCCAGAAUGGAGCAGUGGUACACUGCUGUUCCAGGACUUGUGUCAGUUUACAUCUUUGCACUCUGCAUUUGGAGGCAGCCCCUGUCUGAGCAGUCUGGGGCUUGUUCAUCUGCCCCCCCCUCAAGACUGGAUGGGACUCAUCUGUUGAACACCUGGGGAUGACCAAACCUUCCACAGUGUGUCCUUGAGGACUUUAUGGUUUCUCCUUUAGCUAUUGGGUCAUUUGAGAGUAAAAUAACUCUGUCAGUAAAUGCUAAAAUAUCUGAUCUGAUUCAGCAAAACAUGAACACAGCAGCCAGGCCGGUGCUUUCGCCAUCACUACCUGGUUCUCUGCCAUCUAGAACAAGACACUGGCCAGCAAACAAAACUAAGGGGCAGGGUGAAGCCGUGACAGUUACCUUUAUCUCCAGAUAGUACUUUUGAUGAUCCAGAAAACCAAGUACACAGAAACCUCAAGAACUGCAACCUAAAAGUAUUAAAAUUAACGAGAAAUGAGUCCUCUCAAUUGGAACCAGAGUAGUAGACUGCCCAGGAGUGGAUUUAAGCAGAAAGACCAAGGCCCUUGUGAAGAUACACAGUGUCAUUGGAAGAUGCACAACAGUACCCAGUGUGUGGAGCCGAGUGCACCACAGAAGCUCCAGCCUUCUCCUUGUAUCGUGCGACCCCACUAUGUGUUUAACAGACUGCGGACUUGUGAAGUGACAAAAUUAUGUUUAGAUGCAUAUGAAACAAAGAAUGGGGCCAAAGGUGGAAGGUGUGCUCAGUUGCCUGCAAAGUUGGGACGUACACACUGGGAGCCUUCAGGUUACCUUGUGUGGUGAUGCUAAUGAGAAAUGUCACCUACAUUUGAAUACUCAGUAACCAGGUGGUGGCACUGUUUGGGGUGGCUUCAGCAUAUGACCUUGCUAGAGGAGGUAUGUCACUGAAGGCGGGCUUUGAGAAUGUAAAGACUUGUGUGAUUCCUAAUGAGCUCUCUCUGCUUCCUGCUUGUGGUUCAAGAUAGAUAGGAGCGCUCGGCUGUCCCUGCCACCAUGCCUGUCCGCUGCCUUCUUCCCUGCUGUGGUGGUGAUGGACUGGUAUCCUUUUGGAACCUAAGCCCAAAUAAACUCUUCUUUCUAUA